AUGUCGACAAGGACGGACGCAUUCAGCACAUUCAUAAAGAUGACGGACAUAACACCAGAUCUCAACCUGUGCUUGAAGCAGAACAAGGCACAGCUUGUUCGGCGACGCGGAUAUGAUGUGCAGCACAUCAACAGCUUCCUGCAAGAAGCAUACAGCAUAAAUGCACGCAUCACAGACCUCACCCGGGAGCUUCGUACCAUCCGACCGGCAUACCUGUCAACCGCGCCCAGUUCUCGACGACGCAAGCUUAGUAGCGGCGGGCAUGGGCAGCAUGAUCAUGCCCACCCGCUCACGAAUGGCGAGAGAGACGCAGUCGAUGCGCAGUCCAAACAGCUGCUUCGACAGCUCAACGGUGGGAUUCAAGCUCUGAAGCAAGCAGAGGAUGUACGUCUCCAAACAGCAGACUCAGUAGCACUAUCCAAGCGAGCCAAAGGCGGACUGGGAGCGAUAGGACGAUGGGUAGCAGGCGGAGCCGUCACGGCCAAGUCACCUGAAGAGGAAACAGAGGAGGCCGAGCGGAAAAUGAUCGCCAAGUACAGAGAAAGCGUGAUCACGUACCUGCAACGCCGUCUCGAGCAAGCAGGAGGAGUCCAAGCAGAAAUGAUGGAGGUGCGUCUGAGUCGCGAAGUGGAGAAGAGUAAAAGUGUGUUGUACAAAUCACGCAUGGGUGACAGUAUCCCUUACGCCCAUGACGAAGACGGGACAGCAGUCCCGACCAGUCCAAAGCGGAAACGACAGUCGACGGGCUUUUCGACCGAUUACGAUGGCGAUCGAUCCACAUCCGACCAACCACCCGCACUCUCCCAAGAACAGCUCCAACUUUUCGACUCGGAGAACCGCGAGAUGCUGAAGCAUUACUCCACCCAACUGAACCAGAUCUCGCAAGCCGAAAAGUCGAUUCUUGAAAUUUCCGAGCUGCAGUCCACCCUCGUCUCGAAUUUGCAGGUGCAGAGCGAGCAUAUCGAUCAACUGGUUCAGGACUCGUAUAUGACGUCCGAGAAUCUCGGCAAGGGCAAUAAAGAGUUGAAGAGGGCGAGUGAGAGGAGGAGUACGGCGCAGGGUAUCUUUUAUGCUACCUGUGGAUUCUGCGCUUUUCUCGUCGUGUGGGAUCUGGUGUUCUGA